AAGCGACGGACCGUCCAUAAUUUUGCAUAGCCUGCGAUUUUGGCGCAGAGACAUGAGUGGAGAUUCGGACGGGAAUCAGGAUUUUCAUGAACAGCUGCGGCUGCAGCAGCUUUAUGGUCAGAAGCGUGAAGAUGGAGAUGAUCCGUACACCUACGUGGAUCCUGAGGAUGGGACAGUCUACGACUGGGACCACGACAAGAAAGCCUGGUUCCCGAAGAUAACGGAGGAUUUCAUGGCGGCGUAUCAGGCGAAUUACGGCUUCACUGAGGACGGAGCUGCAGCACCGAGUGGUGAAACUGAACCAGAGAAACCGAAAGAGGAAACAACAACAACAACAACAACAACAACAACCACAGAGGAUUCAGGAAACACGAAGGAGGAGAAGAAAGGAGAGAAGAGGAAAGCGGAACCUGGCUGGUUUGAUAUUGAACAGGACAAAAACACGAAUGUUUACGUGUCAGGUCUUCCUCCUGAUAUCAGCCCUGAUGAGUUUGUGGAGGUGAUGUCUAAGUGUGGGAUUAUAAUGAGAGAUCCGCUGACAGAAGAGUAUAAAGUUAAAUUAUAUAAAGACGCUCAGGGGAACCAGAAGGGAGACGGACUCUGCUGUUACCUCAAGAGAGAGUCGGUAGCUCUAUCUGAACGUUUGCUGGACGAGUAUGAGAUCCGUGGGUACCGGCUGCACGUGGAAGCCGCUCGGUUUGAGCUGAAGGGCCAGUACGACGCCAGCAAGAAGAAAAAGAAAAACAAGGAAUAUCGCAAGAAGCUUCAGCAGCAGCAGAAGCAGCUGGACUGGAGGCCCGAGAAAAAGGAAGAGGUCAGGAAGAGACAUGAGCGAGUGGUGAUCAUCCGGAACAUGUUCCACCCCACCGACUUCGAGGAGGAUCCUCUGGAGUUGAACGAGUAUCGGGAGGACCUGCGCACCGAGUGUGAGAAAUUCGGGGAGGUGAAGAAGGUCAUCAUAUUCGACAGACACCCUGAUGGAGUGGCGUCGGUGGCGUUUAAGGAACCCGACGAGGCGGAUAAGUGUGUGACGACUCUGAACGACCGCUGGUUUGGGGGGCGACAGCUCUCGGCUCAGCUGUGGGACGGCGUGACCGAUUAUCAGGUGGAGGAAACGGUGAAGGAGCGAGAGGAAAGGUUAAAGGGCUGGUCCAGUUUUCUAGGGGACGGAAAAACGAACGAGACGAAAUCUAAAGAAGGAGCGGAAACGAUAAAACCAGAACAGACAGACGAACAGCAAAACCAGCAAGAGGACAAGACUGAAAAGAGAGAGGUUAGGGUGGAAACACUGGAGGAGGAACAGAAGGAGGAACAGAAGGAGGAACAGAAGGAGGAACAGAAGGAGGAACAGAAGGAGGAACAGAAGGAGGACGCUGGGGUUGAAUCCACAGACAGCAGUUUGGCCAGCAGUGAUGAUGAGUCCUAAACCUGAGGGUGUAAAUAAAUACUCACACUGUGUGGACUUAACCCGUCUGAUUGAUGUACAAUAUUAUGAACAGUACUUGUUUGUGGUAAUUCAUCUCCUCUGAUCAUCAGUGUUUUGUUGUUUUCCUGAUUGUCUGUAGAAACGCAGGAUUUUAUAAUAAAAUCAGAAUGUUGGUGUC